GAAAGUGUAGCGUAGAUAAAAAGCACACACAAUUACGGAUAGAUGCUUUAUAAAGUCUACUCGUGGACGGUAAACUCGGAAUUAUAUUUGACGAGUAUUAUAUUACACAAGCAGUUCUCGCGCGGAGUCGAUUCCGAGUAAAAUAAAUUGAAUCAUAGCGAUAUUAUCACACGUAAAUAUUAAAAGAGUAUUGAAAUUUAAGUUUAGUAUUAGUCGCUAUGAUUUCGUGUUUAAUCAGAAUUUUGUUCGACAUACCCGUUAUUACUGCAAUCGCCGUCCUCGCGGCGUUUGCUUACUAUUAUUCGACCAACACGUACCGCAAGUGGAUAGAGUUGAACGUACCCCACGACCGACCGUGGCCGCUAGUGGGCAACACAGUGAAGAUGAUCACUUUGAUCGAACACCACUUCACUACUUUUGACAGAAUUUAUAAACGGUUUUCCGGCGAAAAAUACUGCGGUUUCUAUCAAAUGAAGACGCCGUUUUUGAUGAUCAGAGAUCCAGAAUUGAUCAAUAAUAUAUUGAUUAAGGAUUUCUCGUACUUCCCAGACCGAGGUUUCCACAAGGACACGGAAUUUAAUUUAAUUGCCAAUGGGUUAUUCUUCAUGGAGGGGCCUAAGUGGAAAGUGAUGAGACAGAAACUGAGCCCGGGUUUCACGUCAGGCAAGCUGAAGCUCACCCACAACCAGAUAGCAGCGUGCAGUGAUGAGCUGAUACAAUUUAUUAAAGCUAAAAUGAAAGAAAACGAUCAGAUCGAAGUCAAGGAGACCAUGGGCAAGUACGCAACAGAUGUCACUGGUACGUGCGCUUUUGGGUUGAAAUUGGACUCUAUCAAGAACGAAGAUUCCGAUUUCCGGUUGUACGCCCAGAAAAUACUGAAAAUGAAUUUCCGGACUUUGUUGGCCGAAACGGUGUCACCGAAAAUAUUAAAAAUGUUGAGGAUCGCCGAGUUUUCACCCGAAGCUACUGCAUUUUUUAAUUCAGCAUUUAACGAGGUCAUCAAGUACAGGGAGGAAAACGGUAUAAUCAGAAAUGACGUCGCACAGACCUUAAUAGAAGCGAGAAAAGAGUUGGUUCUUGGCUCAACCGAUAAAGAUGGAUUUACUGAACAGCACAUUAUUGCGAAUGCGAUCCAGAUGUUUUUUGGUGGUUUUGAACCCGUGUCUUCAGUGUUGAGUUUCUGUUUGUAUGAAUUAGCGCUGAACCAAUACGUCCAGGACAAAUUGCGUGACGAAAUUAUUUCAAUAUCGAAACAACAUGGACAAAUAAAUAAUGAUUUUUUGGUGGAUCUCCAUUACACCGAUAUGGUUUUAGCAGAAACGGAACGUAUGUACUCAGCAACAAACGCACUGUUUAGAGAAGCUGUGAAGACAUAUCAUGUACCUGGCGACUCGUUGGUAAUCGAAAAAGGAACCAAGAUCAUGAUUCCUUUUAACAGUAUUCACCGUGAUCCAAAGUAUUACCCCGAUCCGUUAACCUUUGACCCGCAAAGGUUUUCACCGGAAGAAAAAGCAAAACGACAAUCCGGUACUUACCUACCGUUUGGCGAUGGACCGCGAUUUUGCAUAGGAAAACGAUUUGCUGAACUGGAAAUGAAAAUGGCUCUAUCACAAAUAUUGACAACGUUUCGAGUUUUGCCGUGUGAAAAAACAGAAGUUCCGCUUAAGCUACAAAAUGGAACACCUAUGAUGGUAGCAAAAAACGGCAUUUGGUUACGUUUUCAAUCCAUUUCUUAAUGAGUACUUAGCCCUAAGUCUUUAAUGACUAUAUAAUUUAUAUGAUUUAUAAGAUAAUAAUAAUUAUUGCAAUAUGUACUGCUGCCUAUACUUUAAAGAGUAGGUAUGUCAUUUUACAAGUUUACUAACCUAUAAUGAGUUUGUUUGGAAUUGUAAUAAUACAAACGGCCAAAUUGGGAUA